AUGGUGAACUUUGUGAAGAGACGAAUCCGCAGAUUGCUGCAUGUUGCCACCAACCUCAGGUCAAGGCUGCACUAUUACAUCAAUGCAACGAGGUUCGGGGUUGCAAUGGACGUCAUGAACAUUCUUCUCUCGUUGGCGUCUGUGGUAUUGUACGUCACCACAACGUACUACGAUCAUCCCAUGGAUGUCCGAGAAACUUCCAUAAAGUUCGUUCAGACCUCGCAGAAUAUUCAAGAUGUCUUCCUCUACUUCUUUUUGACGGAGUUCGUCCUUCGCUUCUAUGCUGCUGAAAAUCGAUGGACCCACCUGCGGCAGGCGCUCACCAUCAUCGACAUUCUCACAGUCUUCCCUCCACUUCUCAUCCUGCUCGCGUCAAACGUCAUACAAACCUACGACGAGAUCACACAGAAGAAGGGAAUCACGACCGAGAUCAACGUCGCCAGCCAGCUAGGUUUCCUUCGAGUAGUCUGUCUGCUGCGAAUCCUCCGGGUCCUGAUCUUAUUAUCCCAAGAGAACGACAGCGAUGCAGAGAAUCCGGUAGACGGGAGUUCAGGGGUCUUCUUUCACAUGAUCAAAGUGCUGCUGACGUUCGGGAGCGUGAUGUUCUGCUUUGCUGGGCUCUUCAUGACGGUGGAGCAGAACUACAGACCUGACUUCAGGAUAUGGUUUCAUGACGCGCUCUACUUCACAGUCGUCACAGUAAGUUCAGUGGGAUACGGAGAUUUCUCACCAAAGUCUAUCCCCGGCAAGAUGCUGGUGAUGACGAUGAUUUGUUUUGCACUUGCGUUCGUCGGCGAUCAGCUCAAUGAAAUCAUGCGUCUGUUGUCCGUGGACUCUGUAUAUCACGUCGUAGUCUGUGGGAGUUUCAGCUACACGACUCUGAGCGACUUUCUUGAUGAGAUGUUCCACUCCGAUCAUGGCGAGAUGGCGAAGGUGAGGGAGCUGGAGUUUGCUGCCUUGUAUGUCAAGUAUCUCCAGGGAUCAGCAUUUGAGGAUCAUGACCUGAGCCGAGCUGACGCGAGAGGAGCGAAAUGUUUUUUCAUCCUCACCAACAAGGACACCGACGAUCCGAAGGCGGCUGAUCAGGUGCUCUGCACUGACGAGAUCAAGUUGAACCUGCUGGGCAAGAGCUGCAUCUGCCCAGGGUUCUCCACCAUGAUCAGCAACCUCAUCCGCUCCUCCAACGCUGAGCCCAAGGACAACAUGGAGACCUGGAUGCAGGAAUAUGUACAAAGUUGCGGCAAAGAGAUCUAUCGUGCCAAACUGUCUCCUUUCUUUGAGGGCAAGACAUUUGCAGAACUUGCAAAUAUGGUGUUCCUCCAUCUUGGCUGUACUGUGUUUGCCGUUGAGAUCGCUGACUCGAAAGGCGUAUCUCGCGUCGUUCUGUUCCCAGCACGUUGGGAGAUUCCAAGUGGGUCGACGUGGGUCUUCCUCAUCGGUGACGACAUCGAGGACGCGGUCAGACUCUCAACGUUCCGGCUGGUCGACGGAUGUCUGGAGCCGUUCGAGCACAUGAAGGAGAGGGAGGCUAUCGACAACCACAGGGAAGUUCAGGUGGCAGACGGCGACUUGUGCGAGCUCGCCUCAGUCACCAACGCGAGGAUGAUGAGGAAGUAUCAGUUCCUUGACACGCCCGUUGAGUUCGGAAGCAGCCCGGGGAGAGCGAGUGACCCCUGGGCAUGGAAGCACAGCGAAGAGAACAGACAGAACCAUGUGCUUCUGUGUGGAAACAUCAACUCCAUCCAGGAGUUUGUGAAGACGUUGCGAAGCAAGCACGUUGCUUCUCAAGCUAUCGUCAUCCUCUUCCCCGAAAUCCCUUCCCCCGUCUGGUGGCAGCACCUUGCUCACUUUCCCGACGUCUUCUUCGUUCAAGGUACCCCCCUCGACCAGCGUGACCUCGUCCGCGCUGGGGUCCUGGGGCUGGAUAAGGCCAUCAUCCUAUCAGGCGCAACUAGCGACGUUCGGACCAACGGCAAGCACGCCAAGAACAGCGAGGAGGAGGCGUUGUCAAGGCUCAUGGACGCUGAUAGCAUCUUCACCUACCGCUCUAUCCUGUCCAUCCAUCCCAACGCCAACAUCAUCUGUCAGAUCCGCAACAGCGACAACAUCAUGUUCUUGAUGCAGGAAGACCGUACUGACUCCGAGUCCGAGAUCACUCUGUGCCCUCCCUUCGCCGCCGGCCAUGUCUUCCUCAACUCGGUCAUCGACCGUCUCAUGUCUCAGUGCAUGUACAACGAGCAUCUCCUCCCCAUCCUCCGCGAGCUCGUCAUCAGCGGUGGGGUCGAUCAGUCCAGCUUCCUCGAGAAUGACGUCACCCCGUCAGUGCUCUACUCUCUCAUCGUCCCCUCGAGCUUCGAGGGCAAGACAUAUAAGGAGCUGUUCCAGUAUCUCGUCAGCAAGAGGUCCAGCCUCCCCCUGGGCCUCUACAGGAAGAAUCCCACCGAUGACGUCAGCCCCCGUCCCUACGUCAUCACCAACCCUGACGCUUCCUUGAUUGUCAACUCCGACGAUCGCAUGUUCACCCUCCUGUCUCCUGAGAACGCGUUCAACCCUCCUCUCGGCAUGCUCUCCAUCACUUCCAUUGAAGCCGUCCUCCCCCCGCGCCUCCCUGCUGGAACUGAGGGCGGAGGAGGGGAGGGAGAGGACGGCCUAGCAGCAGGGGAGGAGGAGAGGUGGGGAUGCUUCAUAACCAUCCAGUCACAGGGAGAGUCGCAAACUUCGCACCUCUGCAGGAACCUCACGAGCCCGCACUGGAACUUUCGGUCUGACUUCUUUGUUCUUGACAAGGAGGGCAGCAUCGAUCUCAGCGUGCAUGACAGCAAGGACGAAAAGGGGAGAAGCAUGCGCUUCGUGGGUGUAACCACCAUCUCCAUCCAGGACAUCAUCCAGGAGUUCUUGGCAGAGCAUGCCAAGUCAGGGCAGGGGAUCGAGGACAGGAUGAUCGAUCGCUGGUUCAAGCUGGAGGAGAGCAAGGCGGCUUUGAGCAGGCAGGGGAGGAAACGGAUCAUGCUUGACAAGGCCAGGUUGAGGCUUCAGCUGCGAUGGUUUCCGCGAGUUGCUGCAAGCGUUGAGGUCGAUCUACCUUGA